UGACAGAGGCUUAUAAUGGUGUAAAAUACUGCCCUCUAAAACCCUAACUAAAACCUCCAGUAUCUGAAACUCUGCUCCAUUGCCACAACGAACCAAAGAGCGAAAUGGGCCAAGUGGCGAGCAGAUCCAGCAGUGCCUACCUCCUCCGAACAACAGCCGCUCGCCGUUGGCUUUCGGCAGAAGCGAAGGCGUUGCCGGCGGAAUCCGCUGCGGCGACAAUUUCUACUCCAAAUGAAGAAGGGACUGUGGGCGGACAUGGAAUUGCGAAUAUCACAACCGCAGCUAAGAACAAAGGCAACAUCGUUGAGGCUCUCGAUAAAGCCGUCAACAAUGGUAUUCCCAUCAAGAAAUGGCGUAUCAUUACACCAAUCAACCAAUUUCGCCGCGACAAGAACUACCAAGCGGCUCUCCAGCUGUCUGAAUGGAUGGAGAGCAAAACAUCCCUUAUAAAUAAUGCUGACCGUGCUGUACGGAUAGAGCUUCUUGCCAAGUCCAAGAACUUGGAUUCUGCAGAAGAGUACUUCAACGGCCUGCAAGAUUCUGAGAAAACUACUAGAACGUAUGGUGCACUUCUAAACUGCUACUGUGCGAAGAAACAUUUGGAAAAGGCUUCUGAACUUUUCGAGAAGAUGAAGGAAGUGAAUGCUAUAUCUACUCUAAAUUAUAACAAUAUGAUAUCUCUUUAUUUACAGACUGGUCAGCCCGAGAAAGUUGUUGCACUCGUGCAAGAAAUGGAAGAAAAUAAAAUUGAUCGAGAUUCAUAUACUUGCAAUCAGUUGAUAAACAGCUAUGGCAUGCUGAAGGAUAUAGAUGCAGCUGAGGGUGUCCUUGAGAAGAUGAAAGCUGAUAAUAUAAAAACCGACUCUUUCACUUAUGGAAAUCUAGCAACCAUUUUAUUCAAAGCAGGGCUUCUUGACAAGGCCCAGUCUGUGCUUGAAAAGAUGGAGGAAAUGAAAAAUGGUCGAGAGGAACUCCGUACCCUAAUUACAUUGUAUGGCCAGAUUUCUAAUCCGUCAGGCGUUUAUCGGGUGUGGGAAUCUUUAAAGUCAGCAUUCCCGAAACCAAGUAAUAAAAGCUAUCUCAUCAUGCUCUUGGCUCUCUCCAAAUUGGGGGAUUUCGAGAACCUUGAAAAAUAUUUUCGUGAGUGGGAAUCAGAGAAUAAGUUGUAUGAUAUGAGGAUCUCUAAUGUGCUUCUGGACUCAUACCUAAGGCGAGACAUGAUUGGGGAAGCUGAGUUGCUGUAUAACAGUGUUCUGAAAAGAGGUGCUCAACCCGGUUUGAGGACACUGGAGCUACUCACUAGCUUCUACGUAAAAAAUUCUCAAUUCGAUUUGGCUCUCAAGUAUUUGGAGAUGGGUGCAAGCCAGGCAGCUAAGUCGAAAAAGAAGUGGGUUCUUCCAAAUGAAACAGUCGAGGGUUUUCUUAAAUAUUUUGAGGAAAACAGAGAAGCUGAUGCAACCGAGAAGUACUAUGAGAGCUUGAAAAGGGUUAGUUGUCCUGACUCGACCCUAUAUGAUUGUAUGCUUUCCUUUAACAUUGUAGACCAGAAAGCACAAGCAUAGGUCUCCAUGAGUGAAAGAUGGAGGCCAGGUACCUUGUGGUCUGAUGGCAUCACUGUUAUCCAUUCCAAACAGAAGGUUAAGAUGGAGACUAAACACAAACUAUGCUACAGUCUAGAUGUUUGUACGCAUUUUGCAUCAAAAUAUGAGAUUCAUGUGCACCUGGCUACUCUCAUGAUCUCUCAUCAUUUGUAAUGUUAUGAAUGAAUUGUCAUUCUCAUUUCUGUUUGGUUUAAACAAGAAUUUGUAUGAAUGAUAUUGAUGGUUAGAAUUCACCUGAUGGUUUGUAGCAAA